GUCCAGUUCCCCGGGCUCCAGCUCCGACUCGGCCGCCUGGCCGGAGCCGCCGCCGGAGCCGCUGCCGCAGGCCCCGGCGGAGGAGCAGCCAGGUGCCCUGGCGCCGCCGCCGUGGCGCUCUCUGCCCCACUGGAGCUUGGAGGCCGCGUCGCUCGCGCCGCUGGCGUGGUCUGCCUCGGAGGACGAG